AUGUCUCCUUCUCUUUCUCCUUCAUUGUCUUCUCCUGCUACCCCACCAUCUUCUUCUUCAGCCAGUGGUCCGGGUACUUCCAGUGGUUCCUCCUCACCUCAGGUAACAGCUUACCACCACCCCUCACAGGUCUCAAGAGGUCAUUUUAGUCCCUCCAGCAAACAAGGGCAAACAAGGGCCCAAGAAGCACCCAAUGAAAUUCCAUUAUACCUGCCUCAACAUGAAGUCCUGGAGCGGGCAGAAUACUGCCUGGUAAGUCCUGGUGAAGAUGGCCUCAUAAGCCCCAGACUACACAGUCCUGGAGAGGUGGGUUCUGAUGGGUGUCAGGAAGUGGAGGCCUCUCCUGGGGACACUAGGAACAUCCACAGAGGCCUACACUCUACUGGAAGGAAGGAUAAAUGUUUGACAGAACAACAGCUAUCUCUCAAGGCUAGAGAAAACGCAAGAGAAAGGAGUACUGGGCCCAGGAAAGGAGACGGAAGGUCAGAAAUAGCAGAGGAGAAGACGUCAGGCUUAAAGAAGUUAGUCCUCACUCAGGAGCAGAAGACCAAGUUGUUGGAUUGGAAUGACUCCAUCCCAGCAAGCUUGCAGCUUAACAUCAGGGAGCAACUUUCCCAGAAAAAUUCUGAGAGUGGUAGAGGAGGUCGUGUCCUGAAACCAGUCCAUCCUUUGACACUUCCUCAGGCAACUAGAGACACACUGUCAUCCUACAAAGAUACGCAGGAGAAGGAAGGGACCCCAAUUGAACAGGGUCCUGGAGAGCGAAAUAUAGCUCCACCUAAGUCCCCCCUGCGUCUCAUAGCAAAUGCAAUCCGAAAGUCCCUGGAACCCCUCCUCUCCAAUUCUGAAGGUGGGAAGAAGGUCUGGGCCAAGCCCAAAUCAAAGACUUUGCCCACCAGCCAGACCAACACUUGUACUCGCUCAUUCAGCCUUCGGAAAACCAAUUGCAAUAAAGACUGGGGCCAGCAGUCCCAAGCGAGAGACAUGCACUCAGAUCCUAGUCCUCCUGACCCUGCCCUCCGCACCCACGGUCUGCCCCACUGUCCAUCUAAGAUCUUGCCUGAACUUGUGUCUCCACCCUGCAGCAAGAUAGAAGAUGUCCCCACACUCCUAGAGAGAGUGAGUUUGCAAGAGACUUCACCAGAUGCUAACAGAGUACCAAAUAGAAGACUCACAUUCUUUUCUUCUCUGAGACUCAAAGACAAACCUUCAGAGAGUUUCUCUCAAGAAUCCAGACAAAGAAUGGAUCUCAGGGACCUCUUUAGCGGCCCAAAGGGGAAGGUACUGCCCGUGGACAAUGCUCAGUGCCUGGAGAAGCUGAUGCAGCCUGUUAGGAAUACUUCCCUGGGGCAGAUGGGCCAUCCUCCUCCUGCAGAAGACUCAAGGCCCAAGCACAUCCCCACUCGAGCACAGGUGACAGAGACUGCCUCCUCCCUCUCUUCCACCACCUCCUCCUCUGCAGAUGAAGAAUUUGAUCCCCAGCCUUCCUUGUGGUCAAAGGAGAGAAAGACACUUAGAACGAGAAAGAAAUUGGAAAAAGCAACAAAGCAACUGAUCAAGCAAGAAGAAUUGAAAAGACUUCAUAAAGCUCAGGCCAUCCAGAGGCAGCUGGAGGAGGUAGAGGAGCGGCAGAGGGCGUCCGAGAUCCAGGGCGUGAGGCUGGAGAAAGCGCUGAGAGGAGAAGCAGAUUCAGGCACACACGAUGAAGCACAGCUUUUGCAGGAAUGGUUUAAGCUGGUUCUGGAGAAGAAUAAAUUAAUGCGAUAUGAGUCGGAGCUACUGAUCAUGGCCCGAGAACUAGAAUUAGAAGAUCAUCAAAGCAGGCUGGAGCAGAAAUUAAGAGAGAAAAUGCUCAAGGAGGAGAGCCAGAAGGAUGCGAAUGAUCUAAACGAGGAGCAGGAAAUAUUCACUGAGAUGAUGCAAGUGAUUGAGCAAAGGGACAGGCUUGUAGAUUCCUUAGAGGAACAACGCGUCAAAGAAAAAGCUGAAGACCAGCACUUUGAAAGCUUCAUAUUCUCCAGGGGCUACCAGCUGAGCAGGACGUGA